CAUGACAUGCCAAGCAAGGACAUCAUACACAGAAGAUGAAGUUCUUUGGGGAAACCGUUUUUUCCCAGUUAUAUCCCUGGAAGAAGGAUUCUUCAAAGUGGAUUACUCUCAAUUUCAUGCAACAUUUGAAAUUCCAACACCGCCAUACAGUGUAAAAGAACAAGAGGAAAUGCUAUUUAUGACUUCUCCUUUGAUGGCCCCAGCUGUUAACAAUAGCAGAGGCACUGUGCCAGAUAGGAAUGAUUCUGUGGACUGCUUCAAUAGUGUUGAUGAUCUAAGUACCAGGAUACCAUUGAAACUGCAGAAGAUUACAGGGAGGGAAGAUCUACCAAAAAAAUUACUAAGAAUGAGUUCCACCACUUCAGAAAAAGCAUAUAGUAUGGGAGAUCUACCAAUGAAGCUGCAACGAAUCAGUUCGGUUCCUGGAAAUUCAGAGGAAAAACUGGUGCCAAAGACCAGUAAGGUGACCUGUGACCCAAUGAGCCAAUCUGUGGCUGAUCUGCCACCAAAACUACAGAGAUUAGCAGGUGGUUCAAGGAUUGAGGGAAACCUUCCUCCCAAACUGAGGAAAAUGAAUUCUGAACGUUUUACGUAACUUCAGAAACUUUUUGACGGACACUAAAAUCUAAUUUUUGAUCAAAGGCAAUUCUAUUGUAAUUUUCAAACUUUAAUGGGACUAAUAUACUGCAAUUAAUAUUUACAAAUUAGGGCAAAGUUUCAUUAGCACUACUUGCAUUCUGAGAUGUUAAUUAAACAGCUGCAGUGAAAUGUAAUGUUUAUUGCUUUGAUACAAGACCUAAGCCACUUUAAAUUCAUUGUAAUGUUACCAUUAACGAGCAUGUAGUAUCACAAACAGCAUGCAAUAAUAUGUGCAGCUCUUGCAUAUAGUUUUAUGGCAUGAUUCACAUUAAAUUUAUAUUUAUUCAGUAGUAGCAAAAAACAAUUAAUAAGAGGUUUUGCUCUGCCUCAUAAAAUGUAUUACAGAAUAGGAUCUUAAAGUCCAGCAGAGUGUAUUGGUAAAGAAGUAUGGAUAACUUUUGUUGAUUGAUUUCACAUUUUAAAUUAAAAUUAAGAUGAUUAUCUUCAAUACUUACAUACUUAUGUAUAUCAAAUUAUAAUAUGUUCUCUUUAAACUAGUCCUUUUCAAUGCAUGUUUUUCUUACUAAAUUAGAGAAGGCUAUAGGCAAUACGGAGCAUGCAGAGCUCUUGACAGAAAGAUUUAGCCUUAAAUGAUCUGGUAUCUUCCUGUUUUAUGUUUUAUUGGCCUCACUUUAUUUUUGUUCAGUUUUGAAAUAAUGCUUUUUCAGAGUAUACACAGACUGUGAGAGUGGUGGUGCUGGCUGCAGUAAGGAUGAUGGAAAAUGAAAAGAUGUAUUAUGGUAACAUGACUGCACAGCAGGUCUGUGUUUAAGCAUCACACAUAACACCAUUUUUCUUCAGCCUGCAUCAUAAUAUGAAAUGUAUAAAGUCUAACGUUACCAAACUAGUAGUGUCUUCAGGCAAGCAGACUUUAUGCGUAUAAACAAAAGAUUAUUUGAAUUACUCAAGGAAUAUGGAAUAGUUGUACUUAUUCCUACUGCAGCCUCAGUUUUUAGCUGAAACUAUGCUAAAACUUUCAACUGUUUAUGCUGUUUCAUUUUUACAGACUACAGUGUCCUUUGUCAAUAAUGUAUGAUAGCUUUUGCAUCAGAUUUUUGUUAAAAUCUAUUUUCCAGUCUUUAGCUACUAUGCAAAAUAGUAAAACUAGUUUCAACAAAAUUAAUGCAUAUGAAUGUUGUUAUAUCAACGUUUUUAUUUUGCUUCCAUCAAGAUGAUUUGUCCUUUGUCCAAAACUGGGAAAAGGUUUAACUUUAAUGACCUGUGUCUUUUUGUUUCCUGCUUCCAAUAUUCAUUGUUCACAUUGGAAUUCUAUUUAUUUUUUAGUUUGAUAAAUAUAUUGUAAUCACUUACAGUUGUAUAAUAGAUUAUUUACUGACAUUGUAACUUUAGAUGUAGGAUAGAUUAAUGACACAAAGCCUACAAGUGCUAUUUAUGGUCAAACUGAGAUCCCCAGCAGCAGUGAUCACUUUUUGUGAUGUAUACUGUGGAACUCCUAUAAUAAGGUAAGUGAUGUGAAUUGCAAAUAAUUUUAUUGAGGAGAAACUCUUUUGUGAGUUAAGAGUUUGGGCUGCUCACUGAAUACAAUUUAUGUGUAAAUGUGUAUACAAAAAUCUAUUUACCUAGGGAAAGGUACAUUUUAAAAAGGGCAUUUCUAAAUGAAAAUUUAUACAAUAAUGUGCUUAUAGGUAAAUUUAUAAAUUCUGUAAUGCUAGAAGUUGCACUAAGAAUCACUGCUUAAUUUAUUCUAUUAAAGUCCACAAUGUUUCAUAAUGUGAUCUUGCAGAAACAAAAAUACAUUAUUUGACCAAGAACAGGUAUAGGAUGCCAGCAGAAAGAACAGAUAUUUUAGAGAAGCUAGUAAAUUAAACAAGAGUUUAAUCUAUUUCAUGGAAUACUAAGUGUAAGAUGAAAGAAUUAUUGAGUUUAGAGUAUUCUGACUGGCAAAAUCUAGGCUAAAUCUACAGCCUUCUGAGAAGCAGGAACUCAUAAAACAUUGGCUUUCAUUUGUAAGUUUAAAACUACUUGCCCUGUAUUAACUAUCGUGAUCAAUUAUCAACUAUCUUGACCAUUUGACAUUACAAUUACUUAUGAUUUCAGUUGCAGUUCUGUAUUUUUUAUGCCUUGAAAAGAGUGAAGCAUCAUUAGCACCUCUUACUAAAGUAAUCUUACAAGCAUAAAUAAUUGGGAUCCAUUUUGACUUAUUUUUCUGUUUGCUUCCCCUAAAGUUUUAACUGCC